AUGAAGAUGCUCAGCCCCAUGGGUCUCGAAAUCGCUCCAGGCGAUCCCACCACAAGUCUCGCAAUGGAUGCGGAAAUUGCAAGAAACGAAGAAUCAAGCAACUGUGGUGCCUUUGGUGUGAAUUGCGACUACGUGGCUGGCGCGGCCACAAUCCGAGAGGCUGCUCUGGAGCGUCGUCUUUUUCUCAACACUCGUGGGGGCUCUCGACCACGUGGAAAGCGUGGCCGGCCGAGAACACGCUGGGAAGUUGAGCCCGCGGUGUCAGAUGAGCCUGCAUCGCAAAUUCAGCUUGCAACGCCCCCGGGCAGUGGCUCCAACUCUGUCUCUCCCUGUCCUGCGCCUGACUCUUCCUCCAGGCCAGAGCAGGUGCUGGUGCGCCCUGACGAGCCCGAGCUGCCCCAGUAUGCCGAUGAAUUGCGGCUGCUUCAUCACUACCUUGAGCUAGAAUUCAAGGGCUCCGCUGACCAGCCGCCCACCUUCGACGCCCUCCGUCUUCAGGCUCCUACGCUAGGAUUUGCAUAUCCAUUCGUCCUUCACAUGGUCUACGAGUUCGCCGCGUUGUCUUUUGCACGCGUACAACCGCCUGAGAAAAAACAGCAUUACCAGGCGCUGGCUUCUCAUUACUCAACGCUUGGGCUACAUAAAGUAACUGAGAUGCUGCCCCAGAUUGACGCACAGAACUGCCAUGCCGUCUAUACCGCUGCUGUUUUUGCCUGCAUUAACACCUUUGCUCGAGGGCCUCAACCUGGUGAUUAUCUUCUUUUCAGCGAGCAUGGAUCUCCGCAAUGGCUUCCUCUACUAAGGGGGGUCCGGACGUUGGUUGAUAUGAUCGGAGUACACACGGUUGCCAGCCGGCCGCAGGGCGACAGGCCUGUGGACUCCUCUCCAAAAGCGACCGAACCGGCAAUGACUGCUUUCUCCCUUCGGUGUACCCGGCUCGACUGGAUCAGUCAAUUUGAACGUCUCAGGGAAAUGACACACACAUCGCCAAGUGUAGCAGAUGCCGCGGUGAACGCAAAAGCUCUCGAGCAACUUCGCAUGUGCUACUGGGCGACUUACGGCGGAGAGAACGGCGAGUAUCAAGGUGACGCGAACCAUCAAAAUUUCUUCAUUUGGCCAUACCAGCUUGAGGAUGAAUUCACGGACGCUCUACAAGGUAGAGACCAAACGGCCUUGGUGAUUCUGGCUCAUUUUGCAGUGUUGCUCAGAGUAUUCGGAUUUUCCAUCUGGUUUCUGCAAGGAUGGAGUGAGCAUCUCAUCGACGGUGCUCAAAGAUUCAUCGAUGAUUAUCAUCGAGUCUGGCUGGAAUGGCCGAUCGAGCAGACGGCAAGGAUGGACCGAGAGAGAACAGAGGCGCAGAAGUGA